AUGCCGGCCACGACGACUCUUCUGUCCCGCGCUGGGAGCCAAUGGAGCUCGAGGGGAUCGAUUGCGCUGCGAGGUGCUCUGGCGACGCCACGAUGCUCGCAAUUCGCUGCACGCACCCCAGCUCUUGCUGCCCUCUCCCGAUACUACGCCUCCAAGUGUGAGCAGCUUCUUCCUUUGCUCUACAAGCAAAUCAUCCCCUACCCAUCACACACCGUUAUCAACAUGCCCGCCCUCUCCCCAACCAUGACCGCUGGAAACAUUGGCGCAUGGCAGAAGAAGGCUGGCGACUCGAUAGCGCCUGGCGAUGUGCUCGUUGAGAUCGAGACCGACAAGGCACAGAUGGACUUUGAGUUCCAGGAGGAGGGCACCAUCGCCAAGCUUCUCCGCGAUGCUGGCGCGAAGGAUGUUGCAGUCGGCAGCCCAAUCGCAGUCAUGGUCGAGGAGGGCGAGGAUGUGUCCGCAUUCGAGGCCUUCUCCAUUGAAGAUGCCGGCGGCGACAAGAAGUCUGAUACUCCCCCCAAGAAGGACGAGGCCAGCGAGGCCCCCAAAUCUGAAUCCAAGUCGGCUCCGCCAAAGGAGGAGUCCGCUCCUGCUGCCAUCGAGUCCGAAUCCACCGGCGACCGCCUAGAGACGGUACUCCAGCGCCUCCCCGCCGUGUCACCCGCAGUCAAGAAACUCGCGCUCGAGAAGGGUGUCCCCAUCGGCUCCAUCAAGGGCACUGGCAAGGGUGGAAAGAUCACAAAGGAGGACAUUGAGAAGUACAAGCCCGCUGGAGGAGCUCCCGCUGCUGGUGGCGCUGCUGGCGCCCCUACAUACCAGGACGUCGAGGCUACCAGCAUGCGCAAGGUCAUUGCCGCCCGUCUCACCGAGAGCAUGCAGCAGAACCCCCACUACUUCGUUGCCUCCAACAUCUCCGUCUCCAAGCUGCUCAAGCUCCGCGAAGCGCUCAAUGCCUCAGCCGAUGGCAAGUACAAGCUCUCGGUCAACGAUCUCCUGGUCAAGGCUCUUGCCGUGGCCGCCCGCAACGUCCCCGCCGCCAACUCCUCGUGGCGUGAGGAGAGCGGAAAGGUCGUCAUUCGCCAGCACAAUGUUGUUGACGUCUCCGUCGCCGUCUCCACCCCCGUUGGUCUCAUGACCCCGAUCGUGAAGAACGUCAACGGUCUUGGCCUCCAGUCCAUCUCAUCACAGAUCAAGGACCUCGGCAAGCGCGCAAGAGACGGCAAGCUGAAGCCCGAGGAGUACCAGGGCGGAACCAUCACCAUCUCCAACAUGGGCAUGAACCCCGCUGUCGAGCGCUUCACUGCUGUCAUCAACCCCCCGCAAGCUACCAUUGUUGCUAUCGGCACAACAAAGAAGAUCGCGGUACCAGGCGAACUUACAGAGGACGGCACACCGAGCGUCGAGUGGGACGACCAGAUUGUCAUCACUGGUAGCUUUGACCACAAGGUUGUUGAUGGUGCUGUUGGCGGCGAGUUCAUGAAGGAGUUGAAGAAGGCCAUUGAGAACCCUCUGGAGCUUCUGCUAUAA